GCUUGCUUUGUUUAUCUUUUUUCGCUUAAAAAUCAUGUGAUCGCCUCAGAUUUGCAAUUAGGAUUUUCUGUUUUCUCCUUGUCGUUUCUCGACCAACCAAGUGUUUUUGUUUUCUUCUCCUAUUGUCGUUUCUUUUUCUUUUUAGUGUUUCGCUUCUUUUCAAUUGCGGGUUUUUUGUUUUGCAUUUUCUCAUACAUGUUACAUUGACAGGAUGGAAUCUGACAGUAAUAUCGAAGAGGGAAAAAGGCCGCCAGAGGCUGAGUUAAAUAAUAAUUGGAUUCCAGAAACUCCUGCAAAGACGACGGCAUCCAAGCUGCGAUACGUUUACUCCAGAAGGGACCUGAAAGUCUAUUCAAGACAGAGUUUUCUGCCCAGGAUUUCUGAACAAGAGUCUCACCACCAGACUUCUCUGUCUUCCACAGACAAAAACUUGGAGGAUUCUGGAGAAUCCGAAAAUGGUCUUCCUGGAGCUGAAUUGGUUGCCAAAGAAGUAGCAGCAGGACCUUCAGGUGAAGGAGAAGAGACAUUUGACAGACUUGUUGAUAUAAAUGCUUGCUCCAAUGAUGUGGCUAGGCAUUUAGAUUUCUUCAGCAGUCAGGAAUCAAAUGAAUAUCACUUCGAUGACUUGAAUCCAUCCUUCCAAGAUUCUACUACAGCAAUAACUGACACCAAAGUCAAUUGGUCUUGUUCUCAGGAAUCCACAACUUCGUUCCUGGCUCCUCCAAAGUUAGAGAAUGUCAAAAACACAGAAUCUCAUGCCAAACCUUGCUAUGGGGACAAUGUUCUGCAAUCCGGUUUCAUUUCCUCAGAGAAUAAAAAGCUGCAUUCUGUCGAGGUCUUUGAGCCAACUACUCCAUCCUUGAAGCCCGGUGUCAACAAAAGACCUCAACGGAAGCCAUCAAAGAAAUCUAAAGUCAAGAAACGUAGAUACAGGCCCAAAAUAGCCCUUGAGGUUAUUCCCAAAAGAACUGUUAAGAAUCCAGUUGAGAAAAAUUUGAAGAGGAAAUAUGUUAAAAAAAGUCAAUUUGAGAAGAAGAAUAAGAGGAAAAAAUUGAGUGCCAAUAGUUUUGCUUCAAAGACAAUUGAAGAUGACCCAAUGGACACAUUGAAGCCUAUGGUAAAAGGUCCUGUUAUAGACCAUAAUACAAUGCAGCAAAAUAACAUCCGGAAGAAUAUUGUAAGCAAAAUUUUGUUGGGUGACCUCGAAUUGGACACUGAUACACUCAAAUGGAUGACUCUUAGAAGAAGGUCUCCAAGGGAUUGUCCACGUAAAAAAUUCUGCUGCCAUUUAUACCAAGUUGGUUGCCGUUGCAUACCCUCUUUAAGUCUCAUUGGUAGCCAUUCCGUGUCCUCAUCCGGCAGUCAUCAGCUUGAGGUGGACAGAAUCAAACUUGCUUUCCCUGGAAUAUGCAAGAGAAGGAGGAUCAAGAGACAAAGAAAAUCAAUUUUGUCCAUUAUUCUAGGUUUUCUCCAUUUGCAAUGCAACUUUGUAAGAAAGAAAAGAUCGAAGGGGCUUUUUCCAAGGCUUUUUGCAAGGCGGAAUUUGGCUUCCUUUGCCAAACUUCCAAUGUGUAAUAAAAUGCCAGAUUUAAAUGAAAUCAUUGGUGGAACUGAAGGGGCGGAAAAGGACUUAAAGUCAAAUCCCAUUGAAAAACAAGAAGUCAUUAAUACAGUUCGUGAAGAGGAACACUGGAGUAGGAAUUCAAAGGAUAGCGACACUAAGAUUAGACUUUCUCUUCAACUAGCAUCAACCAAUAGAAAAGAUCCAAAGAAAGUCUAUCACAAAAAGGUCAAUGUUAACCAGAGACCUAAGUAUACUUCAGUUCGGAUCUUAAUUAGGAAAUUUAGUACACUAACUAUUAACAACAAAUGCACCGAGAUAGUUCCAAUAGUUCAAAGACAAAAAGUACGAAAAGUAAGAGGAGAGGUUGUUCUGGACUUCGAUACAUCAAGAAUGUGGAAUAUGUUGUUGAAAUUAAGUGAUGGUAGGGCUGAAGAAAAAAUAAAUGAGGAAGAAGAGAAAAAGUGGGAAGAAACAAGAAAAAUUUUUCGUGGACGAAUAGACUCGUUUACCUCUAAAAUGCAUAUGAUACUAGGGGAUAGAAGGUUCAGACCAUGGAAAGGAUCAGUGGUAGAUUCAGUUGUAGGAGUUUUUUUAACCCAAAAUGUUACGGAUUUUCUUUCAAGUUCUACUUAUAUGGAUCUCGCUUCCAAGUUUCCUAUUCAGCCGACAUGUCACAACAAUGAGAGCCAAUAUUUUGUUACUGAGGUGGAGGAAAAUUAUAGAAAUGAGAGUAACUCAGAAAAUGAGUUAGGAUUGACUGUAGCUGCUGAGGCUACUGUCAUGAAUAAAUGGAUUGGGCUGGCACCUGCUGCAUCAAAGCCUCCUAAAGGAAAGGCAAAAAAAAGGACGGAUUGGAAUAUUUUAAGGAGAAAAUAUUCUAGAACGAGAAAUAGUGAUCAAACAGAUUCUGUAGACUGGGAGGCAGUUAGGACAGCACCUGUAGAUGACCUUGCUAAUGUAAUUGAAGGACGUGGCCAACACCGUGUUCUUGCAAAAAAAAUCCAAGACUUUCUCAAUCGAGAAGUUGAACAAACUGGAACAAUUGACCUUGAAUGGUUACGUUAUGCACCACCUGAUGAUGCCAAGGAGUACCUGUUGGAGAUAGCAGGAAUAGGCUUGAAAAGUGUGGAGUGUUUAAGACUUUUGACACUUCAUCACAAGGCUUUCCCUGUUGAUACAAAUGUCGCUCGUAUAUCAGUGCGAUUAGGAUGGAUCCCCUUGCAACCACUCCCUGGAGUUCAGUUUCACCUUUUAGAGGAAUACCCACUUAUGGAUAAGAUACAACAAUAUCUUUGGCCUCGACUGUGCACACUUGACCAUCGAGAACUGUAUGAAUUACACUACCAUAUGAUAACUUUUGGAAAGGUGUUUUGCACAAAGGUAAAUCCCAAUUGUAGGUCUUGUCCGAUGAGAGCGGAAUGCAGACAUCUUGCUAGUGAAAUUGCAAGCAAAAAUCUUUCGUUACCAAGUUCAUCAAAGAAAGAUGAAGAGAGAUCCAUUGUUCCUUGCAUACCUGUUGGAAAUUCUGGUUUGGUUGUAAAUAAUGCUGCCACAGUUGCCAAUCCAAUACCAAUACGCUUUUUAGAGUCUAAUACCACAAUGGAAAAUGGACACCCCACCUCAAUUUGCAAGCCUAUAAUAGAAGAGCCAAAAUCACCACAGCCUGUACAAGAAAAUGAAAAUUGUGGAAUUAUUGGAGAUAUUGAAGAUUUUCCUUAUGAUGAAGAAGGAAUUCCUACUAUCAAACUCAGCAAUGAAGCAUUCAAGGGAAAUGUACAAUAUUUCAUGGAUAAGUACUGCAGCCAAGUAGGUAGUUCUUCAAGAGCUUUAGUUCCUAGAUCCAUUCAUGUUGAUUCAGUUCCCCCGCGAAAAUUGAAGCAGACCACUCACCUUCGAACAGAACAUCUUGUCUAUGAACUUCCUGAUGAUCAUGAACUUGUGAUAAAGUUACCCAGACGAGAUCGUGAUGAUUUAUUCCCUUACCUUCUUGCUAUAUGGACGCCAGGUGAAACUGCAGAUUCUUGGAAAAUGCCUGAGCAAGAAUGCAAUUCUCAAGUACCAGAUUCAGAACCUUGUGGUAAACCGACAUGCUUACCCUGUCAAAGUUUCUUGGAAGCAAAUGCAAAUAUAGUUCGAGGAACAAUUUUGGUACCUAUUAGAACAGCAUUGAAAGCAAAAUUUCCACUUAAUGGCACAUAUUUUCAGGUUAACGAAGUUUUUGCUGAUGAUGAAACUAGUAAAACGCCACUCAUUGUUAACAGAGAUUCAAUAGGGAAUCUAAAGAGGCGAACUGUAUAUUUUGGGACAUCAGCAACUUCAAUAUUUAGAAGGAAUUGCUCAAUAAGGGACAUUCAAGAAAAUUUUUGGAAAGGUUUUAUUUGUGUAAGAGCAUGGGAUUCAAAAACAGGUGCACCAAAAGCUCUUUCAAGAAGAUUUCAUUGUCCACCCAGUAAGAUGGAAAAGCAGAAAAGAGGAGCAAAUAAAAAAUCAAGAGAUAAUGCUAAGGGUAAAGCAAGCAUGUCUCUGAAUGUAGCCCAAUAGUAGAUUUUGUUUUGCAUGCAUGUGCUAUUGAACUAUUAACUUUCUAGUUAGGGUUUUUUUUUUUUUUUUUUUUUUUUUUUUUUUCUU